CGCUUUCCAAACAUCCCUAAGACACAUGUAGAGAGGGCAGUUAAUAGUUUGAGUGCAGUUUUCCACCAAACGGAAGAAGAAAUAUCAAAUGAGCAUGCAGAAGCUAUUGGUCAAAAACUACUGGAACUGCUUGACCCAAAAGACAGUGGUGUUUGUGAAGCAGUGCUAGAAACAGUGCUGUAUUUGAUAAGACAGAAAACAAAAGGCAUAUUGAGCUGGGAUUUAGAGAAAUUACGCAGAAUACAGAAAAGUGAUGGGCUCCCCAAAGAGAUCUAUUGCAUGGCAAAUGAAAUUUUACCAUUAGUGAACGCAACUGAUGUGCCCACAUCAGCUGACGCGACAAAGAAUGACAUGCGGAAUCAACAAGAGUUUUGCUUUAAGACAGUCAGCAACAGGUGGAAGAAGCAGCUGAAUACACUGGAGAAAAGUGUUGAAAACAGGAGCAAGACAGUAAUACAAAUCAGAAGCUUUUUUUAUAAAGAUAAGCUAAAAUACAGAAUAAUGAAUGAAAAUGAUACUGAAGUCUUCUUGGGGCUGAGAGAGGAUGGCACAGAAGUUGUCAUUAAGAGAAUGUCUAAAAGCAACUACGAACAGCUGAAGAUUGAAGAAAGAAUCCUACAACUCCCUAAACUCGAUAAUCCUCAUAUUGUACGAUAUAUUGAUGCUGCAGUGGACAAGAAGUUUGGAUAUCUUUUUCUGCAACUUUGUGAAUACACCUUAGGAACGUAUAUUAACAAACACAAGGAGAAAGUUUUUCUUUUAAAGAACCUCGCCAAAGAGUUUCUUAAAAGUCUAAAGGUGCUUCACUGUCACACUCCUCAAAUUCUCCACCAAGAUCUCAAACCCGAGAACGUUUGGAUUGAUGUUAUUGGGAGGGCAAAGUUAGUUUUUGGCAAACAAGACCAAGAAGGAUCAUACACGUCAAACAGUGAAAUAGGGGUGGCAGGUAUGCUGAUUCGUCAUAUCCUCUCUGGAGGGAAGCAUACAUUUGAUGGCAAACCCAACAACGAAAAAGAGUACUGUUUGGAUCAUGUUCAAGAUGUGGUGGCAAAGGAUCUCAUCGAGUGGAUGAUCAACAAAGAUCCAAAACAAAGACCCAAUGUAAAAGAAUGCUUGGACCAUCCCUUCUUCUGGAAUUCAAAACAGAAAUUUGAAUACCUGAGACGGACUGGUAACAGGAAGGAAGUGGAAAACUGUCAAAAUGCUGACCAGAACCUGAUUCAGUUACUAGAAAGCUGUCCUGGACUUCAAUCCCAUAAAAACUGGAAAGGAAAGUUUGACUUGAACAUGGUUGACAAAUUGGAGAAUUUCAAGAAUCAAACUACUCAUAGGAGACUACAAAAGAAAGAGACACAACAACAAAACAAAAUAGAGCACCAAGUUUAUCCAAAGAAAAUACAGCAAACAAAGCGGUACCCUGAAAAUGUAUUAGGACUGCUCCGUUUUAUACGUAAUCUCCAUGAGCAUUAUGCAGAGGACGCAGACAAUUGUGAUGUAAUUGAACUAUUUCCUGAUCUCUUCGGUGAUGUUUACAAGUUCGCCAAGGACAAUAACUGGAAUUCACAGCCACCUUUGAAGAAAAUGUUUCAAGGAAAAAAAGACAAAGUGGACUUUAGCACCAGUGUUGUGAUGGCAUCUGUGAGCACUGAGGCGUGUGAAGGCUCCAGUCCAUUCUAAACCUUGUGGAAUGAAAAUGAAAUGAAAGUUGAAUUCAGAUUGAAGGACCGCUCAGUGGCUGUGGAGCUUGAGAGAAGUAAAUAUGUAAUAAAAAAUAUGUAAAUAUAAGUAUUAUUGUAUGGCACUAACCUUACUUCAGUAUCUUUUAUUUUGUCUGACUGUAUACUUUCAAAUACAUCUUUUACUUUUAUUUUGUGACAAGUUAACUCCCAAUUUAAUUAAGAUAAGUAGAAACACUGGAGGUCCAGGAUGAAGGAUCUUAUAAAUUACUGUAGACUUACACGCUGCCAGUGAAAAACAAGAAAAGCAGUCAACACCUGUAGAACCACAGAUGUCAUUAAACCAUAAGUUGCAGGCUGUGUUCUCCUCAGACAUGUACAAGCUAUACAUGAAACUAAAGUGAUUUAAGCUACCUUUAUUAAGUUAAAUGGAUUUAAGCCAUAAUGUAUUUGUGCCUGUUAGGCCUGUCUACCGUGCCUUGUGCGAAAAAAUAAUUAUAUUACUUUUUUUGCCAAAAUGUCAAAAAUACACUAAGUAUAUUAUAAAAUACUUAGUGUAUUUUUUGUGAAGUUCCAUACUUUUUUAUACAGUUAAUCUAGCAUUAUACAACUUUUAUUAUGCUGUAUUUGUUUAUUCAGUUAAUUUUCAGACCUAAUACUACAUCAUGGGAUGAAAAGAAGGGAAAAAAUAGAUAUAAUUAAAAUCCUUUUGAUUUUGAACUUUCCACUACCUGUUGUGGGCUUUCAGAGCUUAUGAAAAUGGUAUGCACAUCCAUUUUGUUAUGUACAAUUUUCCUCAUAUGAUUUAAGCUGUACAAACAUAUUUAUCACACAAAAAUCUAAACAAAGUCUUUAUACUUAAUGUUAAGAUCCAAAAGCAGAUGUGACGGAUAUUAUAUUGGAUGUCAUAAAAUUCCAAGCUUCUGAGACUUUUUUUAAACUUUCAAAAUGUAAUGAAUUAUGCAUAAUUUUUUUUACUGGAAUUUUUUAAUUCACUUUCGUAGUAACAGUUUGGAGGUAAAUACUUAUCUAUCUUAAUAAAUCUGUAAAAAUAUCACAGUGAAUAAAAUGUUUUGUACUUUAAAGCUCAAUGAAGUAAAAUAAAAGUAACCAGAGAACAUUUCACCCAGAAUCU